ACGGUCCCUGCACCGAGCACCAGGCAGCUCUGCUUAGAGGUCAAUGCAGGUUCCCCUGCACGCAGGACGGCUCGUUUUGAGGAAAACCCGGUUGUAGCUCGCAGCCUACCUUCCUGUGAUUUCAAAGAGUUCGGUUUUGUAAAAGCAAAGUUCCGCUGAUGAGUUAUUGAUCCGGGAAAGCCGAAUCUGUGAAUAUAUUUCUAACUUUACUGAAGAAACUGACGGUCGUUUCCUGUUUAAAAGACUUAGUUACUUUCACUUCUGUUUCUCUCUCUGCAGACAUCUGGCGCUGAAAAGGACUGGGCAGAGAAGAUUCUCCUUCACUAACCUGUGUGUCCAUAAAGAGUGACAUCAUGGAAUGGCAUGGAUUACCAGUGUGUGAAGAUCAAGAUCCAUGUUCUCCUGCACCGAGCUGUGACUCCAUGGAGAGUGACAGGUCCAAGGGUAGUCCUCCUUAUUUUGAUGAGAAGAUUCCUCCAAUUUCUGAUGCACGAUGGGGAGACAUCGGUCAAACCUUUGAAGAGAAGGAUGACCUGCUGCUAUCUCCCCGAUCAAAGUGUGAAGAUCAAGGUCAAAGUUCUCCUGCAUCGAGCUGUGAGUCCAUGAAGAGUGACAGGUCCAAGGGUAAUCCUCCUUCUUUUGAUGAGAAGAUUCCUCCAAUUUCUGAUGCACGACGGGGAGACAUCGGUCAAACCUUUGAAGAGACAGAUGACCUGCUGCUAUCUCCCCGAUCAAAAGCUCACAAGAGGUCAUCGGAGGUCGUCGGAGGACGUAAAACAGACCUGGGCUCCAUACUUAAGCCUCAACAUCAGGUGAGAUCUCUGAUCGGCCUAUCACCUGCCAAGGGGAGUGGUGCUGUGGGUACUAAACACUUGACAACGCCUAAGGCUCGGCGUCGGAGGUCCAAGAGUGAUGACGUAAAGAAAUUUAAAACUGGAAACAUUGAAAAUCUCAAGCCUGAGGAAAACUACAUGUAUUGGAAGAUGAAGGCUCAGGUGCUGCAGUCUCGUGUGGAUAAACUGGAAAAGCAAAACAGAUCGCUUAAGCAGCAACUUGAGGGCAAAUCUGCAGCAAAGCCAGGGGUCAGAUGCAGAAACUAAAAUCUUUUGUAAUUACAAAGUAAGGAAGUUCUUGUUCAAUGUUUGUGUAAGUGUAAUUCCUGAUUUUUUUUCUUAUGAACUUCUCAGAUGCUGUAGGGCAGGCAUAAUAGACCUAUGCAUAUGCCUUUAUAUACAGUAUAUUUGGUGUGAAAUCAUUAACUAAAGGACUGAAAUGUUAUUUCCAUACAUAAUAAUAAUCUAUAUGAUUUAUUUAAUUUGUAAAGUAAAGUUGUAUUACAACAUUAGUUAGUUUUUUGGGAAAGGGCAAAUUAGAUUCACAUGAACUGUCAAAUGUGCUAGCUUAUUUUCAGGAGUACCACAGACAUGAGGCUUGCACCGAGUGGCUAAAAUUAACAAUACAAGGAAUAAUAUGUGACUUUUUGAUCCAGCAGAUGUCGCCCUUGAGCACCAGCAUGAAACCAAAACAACUCCCACUGCAUUGUUGUGUUAGCAUGCUAAUGCUAGCGAUCUUUAUUAUGCUCGUAUCUUCACACUGCAUGUAAAUUUACCUGAAAUGAGCGUGAUCUAGAAACACAGUUAAGCAGUGAGUACAGUAUGUUAUUCUUCUUUUCUCUAGUCCCUCAAUUAAACAACUUUUAUACGCGAGGGGAGGAGUCAGCCGGCCGUCCUGGCGAUGUAAACAAACUGAAGAUAGGACUCGGACAACAUCACAGACAGCGAAUCUGGCUCCAGGACUUAAAGGUUGUAGCAGGGCAAAAACUUGCGAGAGUCGAAUCACACCCACAGCCGUAGACAAGGAUCAGAAAGCCUACUAAGUUAAGAGACCUCAGAAUGCACACUCCGGACCAGCUGACCCCCAUAGCAUCCUGUUGUUUAAAUCUCAAGCAAUGGGCACUUUACGACCCAUUAAGAGAGCCCCCACUGACGCUCUGCAUCUCAUUAGAAAGAUCGUUUAAAACUGUCAAGCACAACAAUUUUUCUCACAUCAAGUGGUCCUAUUUCCUGCAUCAAAUAAAAGUUUCUGUGAUCUCUUGGUUAGAUGCAACAAAUGAUGGGUUGAAUGGGACUGAAUCAUCUGAUUCCGUUUUGAUAUGAUGCUUAAUGGAUGAAACUUUCACUGUCGAACACUACUGCCAUCUAGUGGUUAGGAUUUUCUUUGACACAUUAGACCUAUAAUUACAUGUUUAGGUAGAUUAUGAUUUUAUCAUUUUAUUGACUAUAGAUUAGGAUGUGUUAUUCCUACAUUUCAUUUAUCUAUGACUUUGUUAUUUUGUUGACUGUUUAAUACAUUGUUUGUCUUGAUUUACAGAUUGAAAGAGAAUAAUAUUCUCAUAAUGUUUAGCGAUUACUUCGUUAUAGUUAUAUAUAUAGUUAUAUAGUGAAGUUAUACCCAUUUCUUUUGUUUGCUUUUAUUUAGUCAUUUUACUGUCAUACUUGUCUUCUUGUUAUCAUUCACUGAGAUUAUUGAUUAAAUUCACGUCAUUCAUAUA